AUGUUUUGAAUCAUCUUUGUUUUGGUUUUCAUUGAAUUGAACAUAGAGAAAUGAAUUUAAGUACAUUGGAAAUUUUCUUAAUUCUAUAGAUAUUAUGCUUUCUUGAACAAAAAUUAUAUAAUGCAAAGUAUGGUACUUUUUUUUGUCUCUUCCUGUCAUCUAACUUUAAUCAUGAAAAAGAAAAGUUGAAAAUUUUGAAAUAAAUAACUGUAAAUGUUUUGAAAGUGUUUGUUUGUUAAUUAAUUGUUUCAGCAUUAUGAAUGUGCCUCCAAACUUGGGGUUAAAGACUUACCUCCAACCAAAAAAAUGUGGCAUUAAGUGCAAGAUAAAUUUAAUAUAGUUUAAUCACCAUGUUGAACUCAUACUGUUAAUCAUGUGUGCUAAUACCCUAAAUACAAAUUUAAAAAUUAAACAUGAAAAACAGACUGAAGAACAUUUUUCAAUCAAUGAAAGACGUCUUAAUAGACAAAAUGAUGCAGAGAAAAAAGUAUGUAUUUUAAAUAAAAGAAUUAGUAAGAGAUCUCAAAACAUAAACACAGUGAAUCCUCAAAUUAGUUUAUUUCGCAAAUCAAAUAAAAAAGUAAUUGAAAAAAAUUGCUAUAUUUCUACUAUUUCCAAAUUUGUUGUAUCUUGUCGAUUUUGUAAAGGAAACUUUGAUACAGUUGAAAAAUGUCAAAAUCAUGUGUGUACUGUUACUAAAUCACAAGCACUAUUAAAUGAAUCUGAAAUAUAUAAAUGCCAUUUGUGUUUGAUGCUGUUUAAAGAGAGAAGUGCUUUAGAUGAACAUUUAAAGAAUCACAACCAUAAUAACUGCAAUUAUUGUGAUGCACAAUUUAGUAUGUAUAAAGAACUCUGUAAACAUUUAAAAAAUGUUCACAGUGUGACUGGUCCUGAUAAGUUAUACCUCUGUGCUAUAUGCAAAAAGUCUUUCGAUAAAAAAGAAACUCUAAAUUUACACACGAAAAGUCACAUUACUGCGACUUGUAACCAAUGUGGAGAUAAAGUUACAGAUGUAGAACAUAUGAAAAUACAUUUACAAAAUAAAUGCCACUUGUGCAAUAAGAUGUUUGCGGAUACCCAACUAUAUAAUCAACAUAUGAUGAUCCAUAGAAAGCAUGUAUGUGAGCUGUGCAACAUUACAUAUACUACUUAUAAAUUAUUGAAAAAACAUCAACAUGAUUUGCAUGAUGUAAGGGUAUCCAAAAGACACCAAUGUGAAAUUUGUGAUAAAUGCUUUAAUCGUCCACUUCAUUUAAUUGUUCAUAAAAGAGUACACACAGGUGAAAAACCUCUCAAAUGUCUGGAUUGUAAUAAAAAUUAUUACAGCAAUAAAACAUUUACAAAGCACUUAAAAACAAUUAGACAUUUAAAGAAAGUUUCUCUGAGUAAUGAGAUAAUGGUUGGAAAAAAAUAUGAUUGUGAAAAGUGUGAGGGAAAAUUUUUUAAUUUGCAAGACCUUCAGCGUCAUGUACACAUUCUACAUUCCAAUGAAGAGCCUUUAAAAUGUGAUCAUUGUACAUAUAGCACUAAAUGUAAAGCAAAUCUAAAAAGACAUUCAGAAAUACAUUCACAAACCAAGCGUUUUGCUUGUGAACUGUGUAAUCAAAUAUUCAGAAGUCAUGGAAACUUAAAAGAUCACCAUGCUUUCAUCCAUUCUGAGACAAGGGAAUUCCUUUGUAAUAUAUGUAAUAAGAGCUUUAAAGUGAACCGUGAUUUACAGCGCCACAAGAAAAUUCACAGUGAUGAUAAACCUUACAAAUGCAGUUGUUCUUGUAGUUUCAAAAGACUGUCUCAUUUGAAACGACAUAAGCUUUCCUGUAAGCAUGUUGACUUUGAUAAACUUGCACAGACGGAUAAACUGAAUGAAAAUAUGUUAGAUGAUGUUCUAGAGUCUUGUGAUGAUCCCAUUCAAUUUAGUAACAAUAACAAUACUGAUAAUUUGAUUUUAGAACCUGAAGUAAUUUCUUCAUCUGAUAUACCUAAUUCAAAUAGUGAGAGCAUACUUGCUUCAAAUGGCUUAUGUGUACCUUAUAAUGAUAAAACAUCUGAAGCUGCUGUAUUACAUUCACGGAGUAAAACAAUUGGACAUACAGUGGUAACAUUAACUGAUACUGUUUCUACCAAAAAUAUCUCCACCUCAGUGCUACCUUAUGUUUUUGAAAAUCCUAUAACAACUCUUACAAACCAAAUUUCAAUUGGAAAUGUAAAUUUACCUUAUUCAGCUGUAAAUUUAAUAGGUAGGAUUCCGUCUCAAACAACUACCAUGCCUCUAAUAACUACCCUAGUAACACCACCAGUUAUGGCUUUAAAAACUUCAAAGCCACCUGAGACAACCAGUUCAACAAUAGUAACAGCAAGUGUUGAGCUACCACUUGUAAGUUUUGCAGAAAAUAUUUCUUUAUCAUCAGUGGUCGAACAACCAUUUACAAAUUUUAUUGGCAGCAAUUUCACUUCUGAUAGUACUUCAAUGCUUGAAAUGACAACUUCUAUAGACAAACCUGCCUCGAAUGUUAUUGAUGACAGUGUAUCUGUUCUGAAAGUUCACAAAGAGCCUUUAGCAACUAAUGAAGAAACUCAAUGUGUAUCUCAGACUUUACCACAUAUCUGUUCUGAAUCCAUAUCAACAAAUCUCGAUCAUAACAGUUUAAAUAAUUUUACUACAUCUAAUGUAUUAAAUACAGCAAACUAUAAUCAGCCACAACUUCAAAACAUCCCUGCAAUUAUUGUGCCUAAGUCUGCAGCUAAAGAAUAUCCUAAUCCAUUACAAACUUAUUCCAUUAUAACCCAAGAUUUAGAUGAUCAGUUAUUAAUAGAUAAUAAAUAUAUUUUAUGUUCUAUGCCAAAAUCUAAAAACUUGGUAUCAACUGACUUAUCUAAUAUUGAACAUAAACGCUAUUCUGGAGAGCUUCUUGAACAAACAAAUGUCCUUGUUUCUUUGUCAUCUAGUCUCCCUAAAACACUUUCUGUUCCUUAUUCUUCCUUACAACCUGUAAAUUUACCCUUAAAUGUUGAUUCAGUUGACGAAAACCUUAAUCAACUACCACAUCUUUUUAAUCUUGAUAAUAUCAUGGGUUCACUUAGUAACUCUGUUGAAAAUUUAGUCUCUGACUAUCCUGUCUCCUUAAACAAUUUAAUAUUUUCUAAUGAAGCACUGUUAAACUCUUUACUCAAUAAUGCUGGGUUUGAAUCACCCUCAUAGUAAUUGAUGUAUGAUGACCAAGGGGGAGGAACAGUUUAAGUUUAUUUUUCACAAAAAUGACGAUUAAGUUUUAACGAAUCACUGACAUAGAAAAUCAGUUCUCUCUUACCGUUAUUACACUUUGAAGAUGGACCAUGAUGGGGGAAAAUGGUUUUUGUCUACGUGCAGAUGAGGCAAACAAAGAAAAUUUUAGUGAACAAGACAUCAGGAGUUCUGGGAAAAUUUCGAUUGCAGAGGAAUUUUGAGGGGGAAAAAUGGUUCGUGUCCAACCUGAUUUUUAAAUUUUAUUUUUCUCAACAUCAAGAAUUGUUGUUUUGAAACUCUUGAAGGAUGUAAAUAAAUGCUUGUGAUAUUCA